AUGAUUGAGAACAAAGAUCAUAUCUUCCUGAGAUGCACUUGGUCAGAGGAACUCUGGAAUAUGGUUCUGCGAAGGUUAGGCCUAAGUCAAUUGGCUUUUCACACAUGGACAGCAUUCUCGGAAUGGCUAAAAUUAAGGAUCCCUCACUGCUCUAGGCUCCUCAAAUGUCUUGUCUCCCAAGCAACAAUCUACAACACCUGGGUCUCAAGGAACAUAAGAUUACACGACAACAACAACUCAACGCCAGCCCAAGUGUUCAAGAUCAUUGACCGCCAAGUCCGUGAUACCAUUCUAGGACACCGGCAACAACGGAAAUUCAGCGACCUAAUGCAACAUUGGCUCGCUUUUGAGUAA